AUUCAGUAUCUGUUAUGGCAAUUUAAUGGAACAGUUGGAUAUCCUUCUCCAUAUGCACCCAGAUCAUUUGAAGAGGGCCCCACACCCGAGAUCGAUGAAGCAUGGGAGAGAUUCCACGCGCGACCAAUGAGUGUAUCUCUUGAGGUUGUUGAGAAGUCGGGCGAGAAUACAGACGCUGUUCGGUUACCAGACGAGCUUGGAGGAGGUUAUCUGGCCUGGGCUGAAGUUAACCAUCAACUCCACUGCUUGAAUCUGCUGCGCAAGGCGAUAUACUGGGAUUACUAUUAUGAUAUCACGAGGGAGCUGCAAAGAGAGCCUCCCGAGGUUUAUGCUCAUUUGGAUCAUUGUAUCGAGAUGAUGAGACAGAUCCUCAUGUGCAAUGCGGAUACCGGUCUACAGCUUCACCACUGGGUCAGGGGCAACCCAACCCCCAUACCGAACUCAAAUACCUGGCAUAUGUGUAAGGACUUUGAGAGCAUUCUCGACUGGACACAUCGAAUGCAAAUACCCGAGAGGGAGGGGUAUUUGCCAAUUCUGCCUGGUUCCAAAAUCUAUGACCGUCAACCAUGA